UUCUGUUUGGGCUUCCUGGGUUCCCUUAGCUAAGCUUACACCCAAUUUCCGGUUCCGGUUUCAGUGACAGGUCUCCUGAAUCCGAACGAACCUCAGAGUUACCGGAACCGGGAGAUGAGAUGACAACGUCAACCCUGCAGAAAGCCAUUGAUCUGGUAACAAAGGCCACAGAGGAAGAUAAGAAUAAGAAUUAUGAGGAAGCCUUAAGGCUGUACCAGCAUUCAGUGGAGUAUUUCCUGCAUGCAAUCAAAUAUGAAGCUCACAGUGACAAAGCCAAGGAGAGCAUACGAGCCAAAUGCAUGCAGUACUUGGACCGAGCAGAAAAGCUGAAGGAUUAUCUGAAAACCAAGGACAAGCAAAACAAGAAGCCUGUGAAGGAGUCGCAGAAUGAGAAGGGAAGUGACAGUGACAGUGAGGGUGAAAACCCAGAGAAGAAGAAAUUGCAGGAGCAGCUGAUGGGUGCAAUUGUCAUGGAGAAGCCGAAUGUACGAUGGAACGAUGUGGCCGGUCUGGAAGGUGCGAAGGAAGCUCUGAAAGAGGCUGUAAUAUUGCCUAUAAAGUUCCCCCACUUAUUCACAGGGAAACGCACACCAUGGCGGGGUAUCCUACUCUUUGGACCUCCUGGAACUGGAAAGUCAUACCUGGCUAAAGCUGUAGCUACAGAAGCAAACAACUCCACAUUCUUCUCUGUGUCCUCCUCAGACCUUAUGUCCAAGUGGCUGGGCGAGAGUGAAAAGCUGGUGAAGAACCUUUUUGAAUUGGCUCGGCAGCAUAAACCAUCUAUUAUCUUCAUUGAUGAGGUUGACUCACUGUGUGGCUCUCGAAAUGAGAAUGAGAGUGAAGCAGCUCGCAGAAUUAAGACAGAGUUCCUGGUGCAGAUGCAGGGAGUUGGAAAUAGCAGUGAUGGAAUCCUUGUCCUUGGAGCUACUAACAUCCCUUGGGUGCUGGACUCUGCCAUCCGGAGACGAUUUGAAAAGCGUAUAUACAUCGCCUUGCCUGAGGAAGCUGCUCGUGCUCAGAUGUUUCGGUUGCACCUGGGCAACACCCCCCACAGUCUGAAUGAGGCAGAUGUGCGUGAGCUUGCCAAAAAAACAGAAGGUUACUCGGGUGCGGACAUCAGCAUAAUUGUCCGGGAUGCACUAAUGCAGCCUGUUCGAAAGGUGCAGUCUGCUACACACUUCAAAAAGGUGCGGGGUCCCUCCCGAAGCAAUCCUGCAAUCAUGGUAGAUGAUCUUCUGACACCCUGCUCUCCGGGAGAUCCUGGAGGCAAGGAAAUGACCUGGAUGGAAGUGCCCAGUGACAAACUGAUGGAGCCUGUGGUCUCCAAGUCUGACAUGCUUCGCUCUUUGGCUACCACACGUCCUACGGUGAACACUGAGGAUCUUCUAAAGGUGAAGAAAUUUACAGAAGACUUUGGACAGGAAGGAUGAGCCUUCAGAAGCAGUAAGAAGGGGGGCAUGCCUUUUGGACACAGUGUUCGCUUGCUUAUCUCUAAAGGCCCCCCAUGGAGAGUGAAAGCAGGAAUCUUACAGCUCUGGAGAAUCUCCCCUGUAUAUCCAGGACUUUAUCCCUCCCCCGAGUCCAUGUGCUGCCUGAGCUCUACAACCCAUCAACAAGCUAAUGUUCCUGAGGUUUAUAUUAAUUUGUCAUAAGUCUCAAGUCAGGUGACUGCUUUUCCAUUUGCAGAACGAUCAGGAAAGCCUCUGCCUGAUAAGUAAAAACUGACAUUUUUGUUAUUAAAUACCUAACAUUACACCAUCCCCCCUUUUAGUCCCUGACUCUGCAAAGUGGGGGUGGGACUCUCCCCAUUUGCUCUGCCACUCCCUUGCUGGUACUGGUUGCAUUCAUGGGAUGAUGUUCAGCUGUGUAAAUAUAUCCUUUCUCUUUGAGUUGAUGCCACAUCCUGUCUGGUGCUCAUUUGCACAUAAGUGCUGCAUCUAUAGGAGAUCUUUGUCAAGGCCCUGCAGAAGUGACAUUAUCAGGACAUUGAGCAGCUUUCUUGGGGGGGAUGAGGUGUCAUUUUCUCUCUCCUCUUUAUUUUAUGUCGUGUUAUUUAUUGAGGUGAUGCCUGUAUGGCACCACUGAACAGCUGCUCUUAUAAAUAAAAAGUAGUAACAUUUCCCACAGUGUACACACGCAAACCGUGCUUUGUAUACCUGCUAAAGGUUGGCAAACACAUGUAGAAAUGGCCCUGGCAUUGCUGUCCUGUUACAUGACAUUGUAGAUGUAGCAUAUUAUUGCAGAAAAGCACUCAGGCGUGUUGAUUAGUUCAACAUGGAAAAUGUACUGUUCUUUUUCAGUAACCUGGGUGACACUACAUACCAGAAAUCAGGUGUUUGUUUUUGUUUGUUUUUAUUGAUCACCAACACAAAAUAAAGACGUUGCCAGCA